CAUACAGUUCUGCGCCAACGAUCCGAAGACGUUCGUCGAGGCGGGCAAGAUGGUGGAACACUGCUGCGAGGCCAUCGACCUGAACCUCGGAUGUCCACAAGCGAUUGCGAAGCGAGGUCACUACGGGUCAUUCCUGCAGGACGAGUGGGAUCUCAUUCACAGCAUUGUGAGUGCUGCUCACAAGGAGCUAUCCGUGCCCGUCUGCUGCAAGCUACGCGUGUUUCCUGAGAUAGAGAAGACUGUGAAAUACGCAAGAAUGCUCGAAAAGGCUGGUGCGCAGUUGCUCGUGGUGCACGGCAGAGCGCGGGAGCAGCGCGGACCUCUCACCGGCAUCGCUAGCUGGAAGCACAUCGCAGCCGUCAAGAAGGCCGUCCGCGUGCCGGUCGUCGCCAACGGCAACGUGCAGUUCACGGCGGACGUGGAGCGCUGCCUCGCGGAGACGGGGGCGGACGCCGUCAUGUCCGCCGAGGGAUGCCUGCACAACCCGGCGCUGUUCCGCGGCGGCCACCCGCCAAACUGGGGCGUCGGCGAGGAGUACCUGAGGCUGGCGGCGAGGCAUCCGUGUCCGACGUCGUACGUGCGCGGUCACCUGUUCAAGCUCUGCCACCACACGUUGCAACGAUACAAGGAGUUGAGGGACAGAAUGGCCCAGGCCAAAACCGUGAAAGACUUUGGACCCAUCAUCGAAGCCAUCAAAAUACAAUGCCUGAAAGACGAGGAGAAAUACAAGACGGAUAAGACAGGGAUGGUGACGGAGUUCAACCUUCCUCACUGGGUGUGCCAGCCCUACGUCCGGCCGCACAUCCCUGAGAAGUGCUGCGCUCCGGCGGCGGCGGCGGCGGCGGCGGCGAGAGCGGCUGCAUCCGAACCCAGCAAGCGCAUCAUGGACGAGGUCAUAGUGGACGGUGUCGCCCUCUCCAGGAAGAAACUAAAGCGGCUCAGGCGGAAUCCACGACUUGAUUUUUCCGUGGAGAAGGUUCCGAGGCAGGAGGUGUGCGCGGGAUGUACGAACACGAAGGGACUGAAGUGCGAAUUCAACUUGUGCAAGAUCUGCUGUCGGGCGAAGCGACUGAGAGACAGCGUCGAGUGUCAAGGUCACCGGUCGUCGCGAAGCAACCGCAAAGCUAACGGCGCCCAGAGCGUGACACCAGGGGGCGACGGCGGGCCGGCCGCGAGUCCGCCGGACGCUCCCGCGGAACGCGCCGACGGGGAGAGUGAGCCGACGGCGAUGGCUGAUCAAGAUGGCGGCACGGCGGGCGGGGAGGGCGACGAAGAGAGGGGAGGCGCCGACAAUCAGAUUAUCUCUGCAGAUGACAGAAUGAGCGGUGGUCGGGAUAUCUCUGCCGACAACACAGUGGAGAGUAGACAGGAUAGCCUCGCUGAUAGCAAAGUUGAGCACGAUCGGGAAAUCUCUGCGGACGACAGAACGAGCGGUGGGCGAGAGAGUGCCACCGACAACGUAAUCGUCGGUGUGCGUGAACAAGCCGCGGGUAAUGCAGCGAGCGAUGAACGGGGUAGCCCUGCAGAUAGCAGAGAGGGUGGUGGUGCCGAAUCUAUGUCCGCCAGGGGAGGAGUGAAGGAGGAGGUGGAAGAGAGUCCGGAAGUUUCUCCGGAUGUUUGA